AUGGUUUUGGGUUAAAAUCUCUCUUUAUUAAUUUGCUCCUUCCCUUUCACACCCAACCAACUGUUUUCUAUGAAAGCGUGUAGGGUUUGAUUGCUUUGAAUUUGGCGUUUGUUUAUCGUUGGAUGGUGAUUUAGUUCAGCUAGCUUCUUUCACACUGUUGUCUAUAAAUUUAUCAAAACCUAAAAUCUUCUUCACUGUCACUAUAUUACAGAAAUGGACAUAGAGAUCAUGGAUAAGGAGAGAUUGACGGCGGAGAUGGCGUUUGACUCCUCCUCUGCCGUCAUUAAAAUCCGCCGACGGCUGCCUGAUUUCCUUCAGUCCGUCAAGCUCAAGUACGUCAAGUUGGGUUAUAACGGUUACUCAUGCAACCCGGCUACUAUCCUCAUGUUCGCUCUCAUCCUACCCUUAUCUCUAUCAACACUGGUUCGAAUCACCGGCUUAAAACUUGACCCGAUGUCACAGCUAUGGUCCAACCACGCUGUUAUCCUCGGAAACAUCGACGUAGCCACACGUGCAGCCGGUUCUCUCGUGUUUUGCUUCCUCUUUGGCCUCUACCUUGCCAAGCGCUCCAAACCCGUUUACCUCGUCGAUUUCUCCUGUUACAAACCAGAAGAUGAAUGUAAAAUCUCAGUCGAUUCCUUCUUGAAGAUGACAGAAGAGAACGGUGCAUUUGCGGACGACACUAUUCAGUUUCAAAAGAGGAUAUCGUCCCGGUCCGGUUUGGGAGAUGAAACGUACUUACCCAUAGGGAUAACGUCAAGACCACCCAAUCUUUGCAUGGAGGAGGCCCGAGCAGAGGCCGAGCUCGUCAUGUUUGGAGCACUAGACUCGCUUUUUGAGAAAACUGGAGUCAGACCCAAGGACGUAGGGAUCCUUAUCGUGAACUGCAGCUUAUUCAAUCCCACCCCGUCUCUCUCCGCUAUGAUCGUCAACCACUACAAGCUACGUGAAGACAUCAAGAGUUACAAUCUUGGUGGCAUGGGUUGUAGUGCGGGGCUCAUAUCCAUCGAACUCGCUAAAAACCUCCUCAGAGCAAACCCUAACACGUACGCCGUUGUGGUGAGCACAGAGAACAUUACCCUAAACUGGUAUUUCGGUAAUGACCGCUCAAUGCUGCUCUGCAACUGUAUCUUUCGCAUGGGUGGCGCAGCUGUUCUUUUGUCCAACAAGGCACGAGACAGAGCCCGAUCCAAGUAUCAGCUGGUACACCUGGUUCGGACCCACAAAGGCUCGGAUGAUCAAAGUUAUAACUGCGUGUACCAGAAAGAAGACGAUAAAGGUACAAUUGGGGUUUCUCUCGCGAGAGAACUAAUGGCUGUAGCUGGCGAUGCACUCAAGACUAAUAUCACCACUCUAGGUCCUAUGGUUCUACCAUUAAAGGAACAGUUCAUGUUCUUCGUUACCCUUGUUCGGAAGAAGGUUUUUAAAGCCAAGGUUAAACCCUAUAUACCCGAUUUCAAGCUUGCUUUCGAGCAUUUUUGUAUACAUGCUGGAGGCAGAGCCGUGUUGGACGCUAUUCAGAAGAAUCUGCAACUCACUGAGUGGCACAUGGAACCGUCCAGGAUGACUCUGCACCGAUUUGGUAACACGUCUAGUAGCUCGCUCUGGUACGAGUUGGCUUACGCCGAGGCUAAGGGUCGGGUUUCGGGUGGAGACCGGGUCUGGCAGAUUGCUUUUGGGUCCGGUUUCAAGUGUAACAGUGCAGUGUGGAAAGCACUCAGGGUAAUUCCCAUGAGUGAGUCGCGAGGCAACCCGUGGUCUGACUCAGUUGAUAAGUAUCCGGUCAAAGUUCCCCAGGCUUGAUUGUGACCACGUGGAACAACAUGGAGCAUGGGGACGGUGACGUGAUUGUGGAUCCUUUUCUUUUAAUUUUUCUUUUUUUAAAAAGAAAAAAUUUAUUUCAAGUGGUUGGGAAGAAAAAGAAAAGCAAUUAAUUGUUGAUGAAUA